CUAUAAUGACAUAACGUGGGGAUAGUGUCCCUUUCCACGCUCCGUACUCAGCUGAUAAUGUGGGUGAAAGUUCAGAUGAAUUUAUGAAAAAAUGGAUGUCAAUCAGGCGAAACAAGAGCAGCUACUCGCUUUAAAAGUGAUGCGGCUGACGAAACCAACGCUCUUCACGAACAUGCCGGUGACAUGUGAGGACAGAGACCUUCCAGGUGACCUGUUUGGUAGACUCAUGAAGGAGGACCCCUCCACCAUUAAGGGAGCAGAGACCUUAACGCUUGGAGAGAUGCUCACUCUUCCUCAGAAUUUUGGGAACAUUUUCCUGGGUGAGACCUUUUCCAGCUACAUCAGUGUACACAAUGACAGCGUCCAGGUGGUCAAGGACAUACUAGUGAAGGCAGACCUACAGACCAGCUCUCAGCGUUUGAACCUGUCUGCAUCUAAUUCAGCUGUCGGCGAGUUAAAACCAGAAUGCUGCAUCGAUGACGUUAUUCACCACGAAGUCAAGGAGAUUGGAACCCACAUCUUGGUCUGUGCAGUCAGUUACACCACUCAGACAGGGGAGAAGCUGUACUUCAGGAAGUUCUUCAAAUUUCAGGUACUCAAGCCCCUGGAUGUGAAGACCAAGUUCUACAACGCAGAGAGUGACCUCAGUUCCGUGACAGACGAGGUCUUCCUCGAGGCGCAGAUCCAGAACAUCACCACCUCUCCUAUGUUCAUGGAGAAGGUGUCCCUGGAGCCCUCCAUGAUGUACAACGUCUCUGAGCUCAACACAGUGUCGUCGGGGGAUGAUGGGGCGUCUACAUUUGGGAAGAUGUCCUACCUGCAGCCCAUGGACACACGACAGUACCUGUACUGCCUUAAGCCCAAGCCGGAAUUUGCAGAGAAGGCCGGGGUGAUAAAGGGUGUGACGGUGAUCGGCAAACUGGACAUUGUCUGGAAAACCAACCUAGGGGAGAGAGGCCGGUUGCAGACUAGCCAGCUCCAAAGAAUGGCUCCUGGUUAUGGAGAUGUGAGACUCUCCCUCGAGAUGAUCCCCGACACGGUGAACUUAGAGGAGCCCUUCGACAUUACCUGUAAAAUCACUAACUGCAGCGAGAGGACCAUGGAUCUGGUGCUGGAGAUGUGCAACACCUGCUCCAUCCACUGGUGCGGCGUCUCGGGGCGGCAGCUGGGCAAACUCAGCCCCAGCUCCUCGCUCUCGCUCCCCCUCAGGGUCCUGUCCUCAGUCCAGGGCCUGCAGAGUAUAUCUGGACUGAGGCUCACAGACACUUUUUUGAAAAGAACAUAUGAAUAUGAUGACAUUGCUCAAGUCUGUGUAGUGUGCCCGUUCAUGAACCCGGAGAGCUAGACCCUGAUCAGCCACCAAAAAAAAAGAAAAAAGAAAAAACCCUGGCACUUUGCACCUCGAUGGACCAACCUUGGAAACCUGCACACCUCCUUUCUCCAUCCCCUUUUACUAACUAUCUCAAAGGCAAUGAGGUUUUAAAAUAUGGAAUGUUUUAAUCGUGUUGAUGUGUACACUGAUUUUAAAUGUACAAACAGGUGAUAAUAAAAGUCUUAUUAACCAUAGUUCCAGUUUACACAAUGUUUUCAAAAUGUUGCAUUGUCAAAAGGUUGCAUUUGUUAAAUCUGAAAUACUGUGCAAAUCCCUUACAAAUACUUUUAGUGAGAUAUUCCAUUUUGUUGCAAUAAUCUCAUUAAUUUUGAUAUGUGAGCAGUGAAAUAGCUUGAAGCGUUGCAUUGGUGAAUAUUGACACUCAAGAAUAAUUUGUGGCCGCAGUUCAUUUCAAGACAACUUUAUUGACAUACUUUAAGAUUGCGAUUCUAACGAUACAUAUGCUUUACUGAGUCCUGUUUCACAAGCAUAGCCUUUCAGCCUUUAUCUGUCAAUAGUACAAAUAUCAGAUCUUGUUGAGCAUGCAAAAUAAAUAUGGCUGAGGCUAUGAAGAUU